AAGACCUGUUGCUAUAAUGAAGUUUCCAAACAACUUGAUUUUUCACAUUAAUUCGUUUUUCAGUCAUCCAACUCGUUGACAUUUUCUUCCAUCAUUCAAAAUUAUAGAGAAUAUUUUAAGUUUUUCGGAAAAAUGUCAAAUUUUCAAAGCAAAUAUAAAGUACUGCAGAAAAUUGGGGAAGGUUCUUUUUCGGAGGUACUCAAAUGUCAAAAUCGGGAGACAGGAGAAUGCUUCGCUGCUAAAAGAUUGAAGAAAUCGUAUAAAUCGAAUGAAGGCGUUCUUAACUGCGCCGAAAUAAUAGCAGCCCAGAAGAUUCCCUAUCACCAGAAUGUCUUGAAUUUGUUAGAGUUUCACUACGAAAAUUUGACGGGAAAAGCUGUCUUCAUCUUUGAACUGAUGGACAUGAGCAUGUACGAUUUGCUGAAAAAUCGCACAAGGAGGCUUCCAGAAACGAGAGUUAAAUUUUUCCUGUAUCAAAUAUUGAAAGGACUAAAUCAUCUUCAUAACCACGGACUUUUCCAUAGGGAUGUUAAACCCGAGAACAUCCUGAUCAAGAUGACCACGUCGGGUGAGCUGAUUAAAUUAGCGGACCUUGGUUCCGUACGGGGCAUAUACAGCGAACCUCCCUACACGGAAUAUAUAUCUACACGGUGGUACCGCUCACCAGAAUGCUUGUUGACAGUGGGAAACUAUGGACCCAAAAUGGACGUUUGGGCCACCGGAUGCGUCUUCUAUGAAAUGCUCACCUUGAAGCCCCUCUUCCCCGGCUCCAACGAGUUGGAUCAGCUGCACAAGAUCCACGCAAUCCUGGGCACGCCCAACGGAAAACUGCUGGAAAAGCUCAAAAACAAGUCCAGGAACUGCACCUCAUUUCCGGAAAUCGCUGGUACGGGACUCCAGUGCCUAUUGGGCGACUUGAGCGAGCACGCGAAACGUUUGCUGAAGCUGAUGCUGGAAUACGAUCCCGACAAGAGGAUAAACGCUCGCAGACUUCUUCAGAGCGUGUACUUCGAUUCCAUAAGAUUCUGCGAAGAUCGAUCCGAACAUCUGCCUUACCUGAGCAAACUCAAGCUCGAACAAACUACCAAGAGCCCAGAAGGCAGCAGGCUGUACCUAAGGAAUAAACCUGGCAUGCAGGACAAGCGCAGCACGAACAGCUUCAGCCUGAACAAACAGCCCAGGAAGGAGCCGGUCAAGGCAAGAGAACCGGGUAGCUCGAAACCUUCCACGUUGAAAUCGUCCAAGACUCUUUUGGACAUGACCUCCACUCUUAGCGGCAACAGAAAGAGCUCACAAUCGAAAGAGACCAACGCCACCACGGAGACCAGAUCGUCGAAAACUUGGAACAACUCGAAACCACCACUGUUCAUCCCUGUUAGGGAUAAGUCCAAGACCAGGAAGCCGUCGGGAGAUAAGUUCAGAAAAACCACUAGUAAUCUGGCUCAUUUCACCUACUCGCCAUUGCUAACACAGAAGGAAAUUGCGGAAAAUAAAAAUUUCCAGUCGAAAUCCUUUGUUCAACCUGUGAGAAAAUCCGCGAAGAAAUCAUCGCAAACGGAAGAGAAACUAGCCAAGAAUUUAGAUAAACUCAAGAGGAUAACGUAAAGUCAUAAAAAUUUACAUCAAAUUUCAGUAAAAUAAAGAAUCUCAUAUUUUC